UUUUGUAUGUUGUGUUCCACCGGAUACCAUAUAUUCUGCUGUCACUCUGAGAAUGUUGCUAAAUGGUGGUUAUCCAUGGAUUUAGUCGGUAUAUCUAUGGGUUUACUGGGAUGCUAUGUCCCAGCUAUUUACUAUGCAUUCUUUUGCAAUGAGUUUUGGAGAUGUAUAUAUCUAGUGAUUGUGAGUUGUUUAAUGGUAGUUACGCUAGCUGUUCAGUUACAUCCCCGGUACUUAUCGUCAAACUGGUCAAUACGAAGACUUAUCUUAUUGUGUGGUGUUGUGGGAUUUGGUGUUUUACCGGUGAUUCACUGGAUUCAUUUACAAGGUGGAUAUAGAACUCCUAUAGUAAUGGAGUUUCUUCCAAAAGUCACAGUUAUGUAUAUACUAGGAAUUUUAGCUCUUCUUUUUUAUGCAACAAAAUUUCCUGAGAGAUGCUGCCCAGGCAAAGUUGAUUACAUCGGAUCGAGUCAUCAGUGGUGGCAUAUUACAAUUAUAAUAGCUUUCUUCUGGUGGCACCAGUGUGGACUACUGCUAAUGCAAUUCAGAUAUGACAAUCCAUGCUCUGAAACCUUGUCUGUGAUAUAG